GCUCCUCCAGGAAAGGUGGAAGAGGUGGUGAAGUUUGCUAUUGAUACAGGCUACCGCCUCUUCGACUGCGCCUACUUCUAUCAGAAUGAACAUGAAAUAGGGAAUGCAGUCCAGCAGAAGAUCAAGGAGGGGGCUGUGAAACGGGAAGACCUCUUCAUUGUCACUAAGUUAUGGAACACAUUUCAUGAGAAGUCCCUGGUCAAGGUAGGGUUCAAGAAGAGCCUCUCUGCACUGCAACUGGACUACCUUGACCUCUACCUGAUGCACUUUCCAAUGGGAUUCAAGGCUGGUGAAGAACUGCAACCUCUGGAUGACAAGGGUAUGAGUAUCCCCAGUGAUACUGAUUUUCUGGACACAUGGGAGGCCAUGGAAGAGCUGGUGGACUGUGGUCUGGUAAAAGCCAUUGGCAUUUCCAACUUCAACCAUGAGCAAAUUGAAAGACUCUUGAACAAGCCAGGACUAAAAUACAAGCCAGUCGUUUGCCAGAUUGAAUGUCAUCCAUACCUAACCCAGGAAAAGUUGAUCAAGUACUGUAAAUCCAAAGGGAUUGCUGUGACUGCCUACAGCCCCCUUGGCUCUCCUAACCGCCCAUGGGCCAAGCCAGGGGAACCUACUCUGCUGGAGGAUCCCAAGAUUAAAGAGAUUGCAGCCAGACAUCACAAAACCCCCGCCCAGAUUCUUAUCCGCUUUCUUAUCCAAAGAGACUUGAUUGUCAUUCCGAAGUCUGACAAACCACAGCGUAUUCAGGAAAACAUCAAGGUGUUUGACUUUGAACUGUCUAAAAAGGAGAUGGAUGUCAUCCUCACCUUUAACAGGAACUGGAGGGCAGUUCCAGUGGUCCAAGCUGUCAACCACAAGGACUACCCAUUCAAAGCAGAAUAUUAA